CAGCGAGUGACCCGGAAAGGCACCGCAGUUUCACCUUGGAUGUUACCGGUUUGGAAUGGCUCACAUCUUGUUGUGCGAAUUUGACAUUUAGAACUAGAUUAAGACCCGAUAAAUUCACACAAAAAUCCGUUGUUGAAACCGGAGGAAGCAUGAAACGAGACGUGAGAAUCCUUCUGUUGGGAGAGCCUGGCGUGGGGAAGACCUCCCUCAUCAUGUCUCUGGUGGGGGAGGAGUUUCCAGACGAGGUGCCCCUCAGGGCAGAGGAGAUCACCAUCCCAGCCGACGUCACUCCAGAGAAGGUGCCCACCCACAUCGUGGACUACUCCGAGACGGAGCAGACGGAGGAGGUCCUGCAGGCGGAGAUCAUCAAGGCCAACGUGGUGUGUGUGGUGUACGACGUCACCAAGGAGGAGACCAUCCAGAAGAUCAAAACCAAAUGGAUCCCUUUAGUCAACGGAAACGCAGAGAAGGGAAACAAGGUUCCCAUUAUCCUGGUGGGGAACAAGUCGGACCUGCGCUCCGGGAGCUCCAUGGAGACCAUCCUGCCCAUCAUGAACCAGUUCUCUGAGAUCGAGACCUGUGUGGAGUGCUCCGCGAAGAACCUGAAGAACAUCUCCGAGCUGUUCUACUACGCCCAGAAGGCCGUGCUGCACCCCACGGCGCCACUCUACGACCCCGAGGACAAGCAGGUCAGUGGUCACACAGACCGGAGCUGGUCAGGUCAGUGGUCCCACAGACCGGGGGCUGGUCAGUGGUCCCACAGACCGGGGCUGGUCAGCGUGCUGUGGCUCUAG